AUGGCGAAAAGAAAAUACCAAGCAAUCGAACAAUACUGGCACCGAAAAGGCCCCUUUGGUGUAUUCACCCGCGCUACCCUACGCACCCUCCAAUUCGUCUUCGCCAUCGUUAUCGCCGCUCUAUACGGCGUGGAUCUAGCACACGCAAGCAAAACCAAUCAACAUGGCCAAACUGAGUGGAUAUACGCUGAGCUUGUCGUGGUCUUUUCUGCCAUAACCUGCGCCGUGCAUUGCUUUGUGACUAUUGUCCAUGUGGCAUGGGUAACCUGGGAUACUGUGUUGUUCAUUCUUUGGAUGGCGCAAGUGGGUGUAUUUGGAAAUAUUUACAUGCGCCAUGAUUCGGAUAUCCAGCAGCCGUACGUUCAGGUUACUCAAUCGGUUACUCGGAUGCGGGCGGCAGUGUGGAUUGGUUUCAUCAAUAUGCUUUUGUGGCUUUUGACGACUGUUCUUGGUGUUGCGUGGUGCAUUCGUACGCGUAAGGUCACGCGGCGAACGGAUAAGAAUGAGCAGGAACAGGAACAAGCUUUGCAAAGACUGCGCGAGGAAGAGAUUGAAACGGGAAUUGUUGUUUCGGAGAAAACAGGUGUGGAUAGCAAGAUUCACGGCCCGGAGGACUCGACUGCACGGGAUGAGAAGAAGGCUUUGAGGGAGAUUUCUAAGAGUCCAGAUGAUAUGAAAAACUCGAAAUUGUUCGCGGAUUUGCCAGAUUCGAGAGCAAAGGGGGAUUCAGUGAAGACCUAA